AUGGCUGCUACUAUUCCUGAGCUGAGUCGAACUGUUUCUUUUGGUUCUAUAUCUGAGAAUCCCCUUCCAUCACAAAAUCAAAGGAGCCAAUCCGUUGUAAGCAUUGAGCUGUUGAAUGAAAACGGUGAACAUGAUAUGGUUGAAAUUGACGAAGUUGAUGAUGUAUUAGAAGCUUCUGCAGACUCGCGGCUUGGCUCUCAUGGUGCCUCCAAUGAUCAUGAAAUGCGGGUGCGUCGUCAGUCAAUAGCUGAUCGCAUUAACCGACGACGCGACACUGAAUUCGCUUUCGAGUUCACUCGCGUUGAAGCCGCUGGGAGGGAAAAAGAGUUUUUCCGUCUUCUUGAAGAACAUUCACGACUUGUGCACUCCGUUCAAUUCUGGUCAACAGCUGCCGCAAUGCAAGAUAACGCACAGAAGUUCGCAAUGAAGCUGCAAUUGGACACUCAACAGCCAACUCGUCCGGAACAGCAGCAGUGA